CGGUAUAAGCCGCGGGGCACCGUUCGUACUGCAGUCGUCGUGGGGAAAUUGCAGUAGGGCUAUCAGUGGGACCCUGGCUGUGGGGCACACACUGUGGGGCACACACAGUGGGGCACUUUUAACAAGGACUUGCAUUGUAGGGCACUCGCAGUGGGCACUUACAGUGGGGCACUAAUAGUGGGCAUUAGCCAUGCAUUCCAAUAUGAGAGCGUUUGGCAUCACUGCCAUUGUGGUUUUUGGAGCUGGUCUCAUAGCAGGAGCCAUAACCUGGGCGGUGCUAGCGACGAGAAACAACAGAUCACCUCCUCCCCCUUCCCCCCCGGAUAUAAUCGAGCUGGACUGGUGGGAGCACUGCGUCCUCUACCAGAUUUACCCGAGGUCUUUCAAAGAUAGUGACGCCGACGGCAUUGGCGAUUUGAAAGGUAUAACGUCGGAGUUGGAACAUUUCAAAGAGGCGGGAGUGGACGCCAUGUGGAUGAGUCCCAUAUUCGAGUCUCCCAUGGUGGACUUCGGCUACGACAUCAGCAACUUCUACAGGAUCCACCACGAGUACGGCACCAUGGAGGAUUUCGACGAUUUGCUCAAAAAAGCCCACGAAUUAGGUCUGAAGGUCCUGCUGGACUUCGUGCCGAACCACGCCAGCAACCAGUCCGACUACUUCAUCAGGUCCGAGGCGCGGGAGGAAGGGUACGAAGACUUCUUCGUGUGGGCCGACGCGCUGGAGGACCCUGACAAUGCCUCCAACAGACUGCCGCCUUCCAACUGGGUGAGCCAGUUCGGCGGCUCAGCAUGGGAGUGGAGCGAGGCGCGCCGGCAGUUCUACUUGCACCAGUUCGCCAUCGAGCAGCCCGACUUCAACUUCCGCAACCCCGCCGUCAAGGACGAGUUGAUCAAGAUCAUGAAGUUCUGGCUGGACAAGGGCGUGGACGGCUUCCGGGUCGACGCCCUGCCUUAUAUGAUGGAAGCUGACCCCGCAGACCACGGGGGCCGCUACCCCGACGACCCCCUCAGCGGCCUGGCGCAGUUCGAGCCGCACCAGCUCGGCUACACCAUCCCGCUCUACACCAAGGACCUCAUCGAGCUGUACGACAUCGUGUACGAGUGGAGGGAGUUCAUCGACCAGUACUUGAAGGACAACAAAGGUUCCACACGAGUUUUAUUCUCGGAAGGUUACGCCAACGUUUCAAUGACAAUGUUGUACUAUGGAAAUGAGGAAGGGAAGCUCGGUGCUCAUUUCCCUUUUAACUUCGACUUUGUCAAGGAACUCUCCUACGAAUCCAAUGCGAGAGACUUCACCUACACUAUCCUGAGGUGGCUCACCUAUAUGCCAGCAAAGGCCGUUGCCAACUGGCAGACUGGUAAUCACGACAACAACCGGGCACCGUCCCGGUUCAGGGAAAACAUGGUGGACGGGCUCACCGCGCUCAACCUUCUGCUGCCUGGAGUAGCCGUCACUUACCAGGGCGAGGAGAUAGGUAUGAGGGACGGUUUCGUCAGCUGGGAAGACACAGUGGACGUGGAGGCCCUCCGACGUGGUAACAACGAGACCUACAUGCAGUACUCCCGAGACCCCUGCCGGACCCCCUACCACUGGAACAACUCCACCAACGCUGGCUUCUCCACUCACAACAGCACGUGGCUGCCUGUCGCUGAUGAUUAUAAAGAGAUCAAUCUUGCCAAGCAGAUGGAAGAUGCACGCAGUCACUUUAAGGUGUACCAAACGCUGGUAAAGCUGCGCAAAGAGAAGGCCCUGUCCCACGGCGAGUACCUGGUGAGGGCACUGUCUGACCGCACGUUCUACCUGGUGCGCUACCUGAGGACCUUCGACACCGUCGUGAUGCUGUUCAACGUGGCCGACCAGCCGGACACCGUCGUCCUGCGCAGGGUGCUGAAGCUGGACCUACCCGCCACUGUUGUGGUGGCUAGUAUACAUUCUACUAGACUGGCUGGUGACACAAUUGAGGGAGAAAACCUGACUCUUGCUGCGGGAGAAGCUGUCAUCCUGAGAGCCAAUCCAGUGCCGUGACGUCACAGCCAGUCAGCCUACGUGUCCAGCGAUGGACAUCACUGACUUGAUGAUGUUAACACCCUUUAGAGAGGACUCUGGUUAUUAGAUUUCAAAUGUUAACUUCCAUGGGUCCUUUUAACUGUAAGCUUACAAUUUUUAUUAUUGACAUUUUAAAAUCGCAUUUUGUUAAUAUUCGCUUAAUAGUAAAGUCAUAUGUAACUGUAAUAAUCAAAGCUUAGUUUAGCUUAGAUAUGUCACUUGCGUUUCAAAGUCUACAAUGUCGAGUUGUGUGUUCAGGAAGUACAAAAACUAUAUAUACAUAAAUAUCUAUAUACUAAAGUGUAAGUAAACACAAAAUUAUGCACGUGUGCGCUCAGUGGAUAAAUGAAAUUCGGAUCACUUUUUGCGGUGAUUUUGUAGGCACGUAACAUAUCUACCAGUAUCACACAAUCUUUAGUCAAAAUAGAUUAAUAUUCUGUAAUGUGUAACUAUAAUUUAGGAAAUAAAGCCCUAAAGUAUAAAAAUCUAGUGCGCGUUGGAGCGUUUAAACAUCGUUGGAUCUUUAUUUUUAUCAAAAUGACCACGAAGUGUUUAUCACUUCGUUACUUUGUCAGUACGACUUGUACAGAGUGGUACUGGAUGUAUACUUCAUAUAAGCUUAUUUACAAUCUUAACGAUUCGUAAAAUUUCCACGAAGCGCAGGUAGUUUUCUUGUAAUCCAUGGCUGCAACUUUUAGUUGCCGAAUGUAAGUUGUCGAAUUAUGUACGGAAUCAGCUUUACACUUUCAUAUGAAUGUAACUGCCAUGACGUCACUUUUAUUGGAUAAAAAAACAAAAAUACUUUAUCAUAAUUUCUCGUUUUCCCAUUUUUUUCAACAUAAUAAUUUUAUUAAUGUAUAAUAGUUUGUCAUUUGGUAGGAUUAGUUUAAAGUUAUUAAAUUUAUUAUUUUAAUAAUUUAAUACGUGCUGUUUAAUUUAUUUAAGGUUUAAAUGAUGUAAAUAUAACGCUUAUUGAUUUAAUUUUAAC